AUGGAAGGAUACGACAAUUUUCUCAACCGGCUCAAAUCCAACACGUAUGAUAUGCAACAGGAAGAGCAAGCCUUCAGACGGAAAGAAGAAGAACGGAAAAAGAAGAAGGAGAGCCCAUUUUCCAAGUUUGGACUUUCUCAACUCUUACUCAAACAAAUUAAAAGAUGUGGUUUCUAUAAUCCCACUCCGAUUCAACAUGCAUCCGUGCCAGUGAUUUUGCAAGGACGUGAUGUUAUUGCUAUGGCUCGGACAGGUUCAGGUAAAACAGCCUCUUACUUAUUUCCAUUGUUUGAACGGUUGGAUUAUAAACAUUCAUCCACGGUGGGUGCAAGAGCCUUGAUUAUUGUUCCGACACGUGAAUUGGUUUUGCAGGUGAAUAAGGUGAUUUAUGAUUUCAUUGGUAAAGUUUCGGAUUUGAAGACUUGUAUGUUGUUUGGUGGUAAAUCCAUUGAGGGACAAUUUGAGAGAUUGAGUGCAAAUCCUGAUAUAAUUAUUGCAACACCUGGACGUUUGUUGCACAUCAUGGUAGAAACUGGUCUCUCAUUAAAGAGAGUGGAAUAUGUGGUAUUUGAUGAAGCAGAUCGUUUAUUUGAAAUGGGACUCUCUGAGCAAUUAUAUCAAAUUAUUGACAAAUUACCGCAAACAAGACAAACUCUACUCUUCUCUGCGACUUUACCAACAGCUGUUGCUGAAUUUUCUAAAGCAGGCCUCAAUCAACCUGAAUUGAUUCGAUUAGAUUCUGACAUUAAAGUGAGUGACACGAUCCGAUUGAGUAGCAUUUUCAUGAGAUCCAACGAGAAGUAUGCAGCUCUUAUUUAUUUAUUGAACAAUAUUAUUAGCAAUAGAGAAUCAACAAUUAUUUUCAUUCCAACUCGUCAUCAUGCAGAAUAUUUAUUAACAUUAUUUUCACAUUACAAAAUUGAUGCAACAGUUGUUUAUGGUAGUAUGGAUCAACAAGCUCGUACUGAAAAUUUAGAAAAAUUUAGAAAUGGAGAAGUUAAUAUUUUGCUCGUCACAGACGUUGCUGCUCGUGGUAUCGAUAUUCCUGAAGUGAAUAAUGUCAUUAAUUUUAACUUUCCUGGAAAACCUAAAUUAUUUGUUCACAGAGUUGGACGUGUGGGUCGUGCUGGUAAGAUUGGUACCGCUUAUUCCCUGGUAGCACCAGAUGAAAUUCCCUUCUUCCUAGAUUUGGAGCUUUUCUUGGGUAGAAAAUCAAAGAAUGUUGUUCUGGAAACUAUUUAUGAAGAUGAUGAAACCAGAUUCGUGCCAGCAGAUUUAACUGGUAGAAACUGGAGAGAAUAUAUCGAUGGAUAUUUUGGAACUGUUCCACAAGCUAUCAUUGAUCGUGAAAUUGAACAAAUUACCAAGUUUGAGAGUAUUGAUCAAGCACUGAAAACAGAAGGAGAGGUCUGCACACGAGCCAUACAACUCUACAAUCGAACAAGAGGUGAACCUAGUGGAGCCUCUAUCGCACGAGCCAAAGAGUACCUCAACGUUUCUAUUCAUCCCAUGAUCAAAAUCUUUGAAGUCAUUACCGAUGAAGAGGAAGAGCAACAAGACAUUUUAACACAAAUGAAAAUGUACAGACCUGGUCAAACCAUAUUCGAAUUCAAGGAAAAGGAAAAAAGUGCAGAAGCUGAAGUGAUGAGAAAACGAAGACAAUUCCUCAAGCAAGCUCAAGUGUUAAAACAAGUUCGAGAUUAUGCUAUCGUUUCUGGAGUUGAAGAUGUUGAGCAUCAAGAUCAUGAGAAUGGUGACCAUGCUUCAUCAUUCCAUACUCUCGAAUCGUCUGCUCCAAAGACACCAAAAACACUCGCAGAAAAAUUAUUAAGCGACACUUCCAAACAAGAACGAUUUGUGAAAUUAUCCUCAAUCACACCCACAACCAAAGCAAAGAAGAAGGAGUUUAGAGAUCCUAACUUUUUCAUGGAUUAUGGAAAAGAUGAAACUAACAAUACUACUGAUUCCACACAAGAUCAUCACUACUCUCUGAAUGGUUCCUCUAAUAAGAAGAAGAAACCACUCACAAGUGUCGUCUCGAGUGAAUUCAAUGAAAUUACACAAGUGGCUAUUAAUGAUGCAGUGAUGGAUAUUGGAGGUGAAACGAGAGAUGAAUUGAAUAAGCAACAACGAAAGAAACAAGGAAUGAUAUGGGAUCGAAAGAAGGGUAAAUAUGUUGUGGGAGUGAUGGGUGUGGAUGGUAAAGUGAGACGAGAUGACAAUAAGAGGAAGGACGAUCUCAAAACGACAGAUGCCUAUGCCAAAUGGAGAAAGAGAACUCAUGGUCGAAUUCAACAAGUGGGUGAGAUGGAAGAAAAGCAAGAUUUUGUUUCUGGAAAGAGAGGCAGACAGAAUGACGAUGAAGAAUAUUACAAUGACGGCUCCCAUAAUGAUUAUGAGGGAGGUGACGAUGGUGAAGUUACUCUCACAAAUAAUAAGAAGAGAAAGAAGGCUCCAUGGGAAGAGAAGAAGGACAAGAAUAAGAAGAGAAAGUUAGUGAAGGAAGGAAAGGCGGGCAAGGAGGAAGUAAAGAGCGAGGCACAACUCAAGAAGAUUAGAAAUGAAAUGAAGAAGAAGCAACAACAUAAUAAGGUCAAAGGUCUCAUGAAGAGACACGGAGCUCAGUCUGUCCUCAAUUCCAUCCAAAGAAAGGGUAUGAUUAAGGCUCUAGAACAACGCAAUGCCAUGCCAAACAGAAAUUCAAAAGGUCAAGUUCGAUUUUUCAAGCGAAGAAAGUAA